CGAUGACUUGACAUGGACCAUUCCUGAUAGAGCAGAGCCCAACUGUGAGGAUGAAGAGCUAGAAAGCCUUGAUCUUCUUGAAGGUGAAGCAUUCCCAUUUGUGCAUACUGAAAUGCCUGACUGGAAGCUUCCGGAUGAACAUUUCUUGUGGUACAAAAACAGCUCCAAGAUCGAGUACAUCUCCUCUGAUGAGAAAGAGAGGAUACAUCACCAUGGUGGCGCGCUGGUUUUCUUAAACGUCUCCACUGAGGACUCAGGCUUUUACACUGGCCAGUAUAACAGAUCGGGACAGUGUGACAACUAUCGUGUGGAAGUUAACGUCUUCGAUGCAAGCUAUAAAAGCAACGAAGACAUUCUCUGGGGAAAAAUUGAAAACUCAGACGUGAACAAAAAAGUCCCAUGUCCAGAUUCUGUCACAUCUAUUUGUGACAAGUUUAAUGGAAAAUUCACCUGGUACAAGGACUUCAAUAUUCUUAAAGGUCACCAUGAAGACAACAUCUGGAUAUAUGAUGCCAGCAAAGAUGAUGAGGGCAUCUACACUUGCAUUUGUACCUGGGAACACAAUCACAUACUGUACAACUCUUCAGCCUCCAGAAGGUUAAUACUAUUGGAAUCUUCUUCCCCAGGUGAACCGGAAAUCUUGCCAAACAGGGAGCAGUUUGCUGAUAAAGGCGCCGAGACCAAGCUGACCUGCUCGGUUUUCUGUGGGACCAACGCACCAAAAGACUGUAAAGCUAGCUGGCAUGUUAACGGAAAACCUUUCGUCAAUACAAAAGGAUACAAUCAAACCAUCAAAACAAUCACCGAAAAUCCUUCAAAGAAGACCAUCUCCACUGCGAUCCUCACCAUUGAAAGAGUUUCUGCUGGAGACUUCUCGAAAGAGUAUAAAUGCGUUGGCCAGAGCCUUUAUGGGAAAAAGUCUGCCCCGUUCACCCUUAAGCGAAGAGCAACAAUAGUUCCCCUGGUUAUUGGAGGGUUGUGUGCAUUGCUCUUGUCCGUGUUCUUGGCCAUGUUGGUUAAGUACUUUGCCAUCGACCUCGCUCUCCUCUUCAGACCCUACUUCCCACUGAGCCGUCAAAAAGAUGCAAAAUUGUUCGAUGCCUAUGUGGUCUACCAGACGCCGAGUGGAGACAAGGCUGCUGAGGACACGUUCUGUCAGUUUAUGACAAAGAUUUUGCCCUCUGUGCUGGAGGAAAAGUGCGGAUAUCGACUUUUCAUUCAUGGGAGGGACGACAUACCUGGGGAAGAUCGUCUGGAGUUGGUGGAGGACCGUAUGAAGCUGAGCAGGAGGCUGAUGGUCAUCCUCACCCCCGGUUCAAAAUCAGGGACAGAGGUCCCGGACAUAUGCCCCACCUCUCCCUUAAACUCAGUCGGAGGGUUUGACUGGCAGGUGGGGCUUCACCAUGCACUGAUGCAGGCGGAAAUGAAUGUGAUUCUGAUCCAGCUGGGGGACACGGGGCCAGAGGGAUACACGCACCUUCCGCCUGGUUUGCAGCACCUGAUUCGCUGUAGCGCCCCCAUUAGGUGGCCAGAGAGUUCAAGCAGUGCUGCCAUGUGGAAGUCACGCUUCUGGAAGAGAGUGCGAUACCUGAUGCCUGCCAAGCCAGCUUCAAAAUCUACACAGUCUCUUAUUAUCUGAAGCCUCUAUGGACUGCACCAGUCUGUACACAGAAUAUCAGAGUAAACCAAUCAGAGGCAGUGUAGGGCGAGACGUGUCAAGAAAAGCAGGAGGACACAUUGUAACAUGUCAGUUAUGUUAUUAUGUGUAUACAGUAUGUCAGUGUGCGUUUAGUUUCAAAGUUCUAUUUAUUCAUCCAUAAAAUAGGGAAUAUUUCAGGGCUCACACUCUACCUACUUACCUAUAAGGUAAUGGAAAAUAAAAUGACACUGAAAGUAUAAAAUAAAUAUAAAU